UACUGGGUGAUUAGAGGUCGCGAAGCAGUACGUAAGCACCAACGUUCCUGUUACAAUUGUCAGUUUUGGCGUGCCAAACCACAAACCCCACAGAUGGCAGAUCUUCCUCCCGCUAGGCUACGUCUGUUCAAACCACCAUUUUACUCUACCGGCACAGACUGCUUCGGCCCCUUUCAUGUAAAGAUAGGACGCCGUCAAGAGAAAAGAUGGGGUAUUUUGUACAAGUGCCUAACAACAAGAUGUUUGCAUCUAGAUCUCCUUGAACACUUGGACACAGAUGCCUUUCUUCUUUCCUUGCGACGCUUCAUAGCUCGAAGAGGGAAACCCUUUGAAAUAUUGUGCGACAACGGUACAAACUUUGUAGGAGGGGACCGAGAGCUUAGAGACACAUUUAACCAAAUGUCCCAGGAGCUUCAAGAACAGUUGGCUGAACAGCAGAUUCAAUUUCGCUAUAACCCACCAAGUGCUCCACACUUUGGCGGAACAUGGGAGCGAGAGGUUAAAUCCGUCAAGUCAGCCUUGCGAGUGGUUCUGAGAGAGCAGUCUGUACCCGAGUCUGUCUUGCAAACAUUAUUAGUGGAGGUCGAAGGAAUGCUCAAUUCAAAGCCACUCGGCUAUGUCUCAUCAGAUAUUGCAGAUCCAGAUCCUGUGACCCCCAAUAUGCUGCUCAUGGGGCGCCAUGAUGCUUCUCUACCGCAAGUCCUCUUUGACUCCAACCAACUCUUGGGGAAACGUAGGUGGAGACAUAGUCAGGUAUUGGCCGACCAUUUCUGGACUGCUUUCAUCCGCUACUACUUACCAGAACUACAGGGUAGACAGAAAUGGAGAUCAGAUGGCAAAGAGCUGGCAGUGGGGCAAGUUGUACUUUUAAUUGAUCAUCAACUUCCACGAGCUCUGUGGCCUGUGGGUACUGUGGUGGAGACAUAUGCAGGGGCUGAUGGAAGGAUUAGAACAGCUAAAAUCCAAGUCAGAAAUAAGAUGUACAUUCGCCCAGUUGUAAAACUCAUUCAGAUUCCCCAAGUUAUAGAUGAUUAGUCAAACGGACUUUCUUAAGGGAAUCAAUUAUCCUGACAGAUAAUUGGGGGCGGCUAUGUCAUAAAGUCCGUUCACGGAAGGGAACUUUGUUGCCUUUAUAGUUUGUUUCCGGCGGAUCAUUAAACAGUUGCCACUGACCUGAGAGCUGUGACAGACAGCUGAGCUCUCUGAUAUCGUUCAUGUUGUGCGUUCAUGUCAAAUAUACCACAACGUAAUUCAUCAUUACUCUCCAUACUCCUACCAAUGUAUAUAUGGCUAUCAUUGCUUGGCUGCUUAAUUAUAAUAAAUAGAAGUUUGAGGAAUUACUUCUCCAUUGACUGAUUCUCUAACAGGAAUCUUUAUCCUUAUUUAUCCGCUAUGAGAACAGCGAAUUAAACUAGAUGU